UUUCAAGAAUAUUUUUAAUAAAUUCACUUCCAUUGUAGUGAGAACAAAAAAAUUGGUGUUACUAUAAAAUAUUUUUAAAAAUUAUUUUAGAAUUCUAAACUUUAUAGUUUCUUUAUUUUUGACUUCCCACACUAAUGAAACAAUGUUACUAAAAUUAAUUGUCUGUCUUGAAUUAGCAAUGGUGAGCGACGUGAUCAGCAGUGAACAAAUGAAAAUAACAGACGACAAAAAAUGGAUGCAGAGUUUAACUGAAAGUGUUCAAAAAGAUCAAAUUCACCAGGUAAUAAUUUUCAUAAAUGAAACAAAAGUGACAAAGAAUCAAAUAGUUGAGAAUCUAAUAAAAACGCUUUCGAAAAAUACCCCAGUCAUAGAGAUUAUCACACCAAACUAUGAAAUACCGACAGAAUUCGAUUUUAUUAGAUACAAUCCUAGAGUUUCGUUAUUUAUUCUCUCGAAUUCGGAAAGUGAUCUCCAACUCGUUCGAACCAUCGAUUUCUUAACGAAACUAUCAGAAGCGAAACGUCGACCAAAAUGUCUCCUGGUUCUAUUCCACAAACUUGUAAAUUACCAAAAAUUUUUCGAAGAACUCUGGCAUCGUCAAUUCCUCGACAUUACACUAAUUAAUUUCGGACAAAAAAUAACAAAAAACACUCUUCAUCUUUACAAAAUAUAUUACCCUAAUUCUAGGAUUCUUCAGUACAACCCCUUUAUAAAAUUGAUCACCAACGAAACUAUUUCUUCCAAAAUUGUUUGGUUUCCGGACAAACUAAGAAAUAUGCACGGUUAUCAACUAAAAGCAAUUUUACUUCACGCCCCUCCGGAUGUAUUCGAACCAGAGAAUAAAUCAGAAGAAAUUUACGGCUUAGGCACGAUGAAAAUAAAAACGUGGGAAAAAGUGCUAAACUUCAAAAUGGUAAGAUCGUCACUUCGAGAUUGGGGAAAAUUCGGAUGUUCAGUUGAAGACAGUACUGGUGUUUGUCUCACAAUGUAUACAAACGAAGCACAAAUAUUAGGCGCCGAGGCUCCUGUAGCAUUAUGCGACGGAAAACCAACCGAACUCGGCAAAAGUGUCCAAGCGAGUAAAAUCGGAAUGCUCGUACCACUCGUAAAGAAAGAUAUCGAAAUCGACAUACUCCAAUGGCAAAUAAAGAACAUAUUCAUUGUCAUGAUUUUACCCCUCUUCUUUUGGAUAAUUUCAAAACUCUUAAAUUUUAGUUCCAGCAAAUGGAGAAUGGAGUACAUGUUCCGCAUAACAUUGGGAAAUUACAUUCCAGAAGAGCCGGAAAACGAAGUGGAGAGAAUAAUCUUUUGCGCAUUUCUCAUCGGAUGUUUCAUGUUCUCUUCGGAAAUCUACACGGCGAUAAAUCAGGUCCAAUUGAAAGCAACAUCAGCCUUUAAAUUCGAAACUCUAGAGGAUGUCAUCGACUCGAAUGCACAGAUAUUCAUUGACGAGAACUAUUUUUUCAUGCUGAAUACAACUGAUGAUGUUGUUCUACAACAAAUUUUGAAGAAAACUACUUAUAUGACGUUCUCGCAAGACGACUGCGUGGAGCGUUUAUUGGAGUAUAAGAAUUUAACUUGUAUUCUAGAAAUACCAAGAGCCGAGUGGCAACUUCGGAGUAGAAGAGACGAAUGUGGACGACCGCUUGUCAAAUUUCUAUUGGAUAAAUUCUCCUUCGAUGCAGGAGCUACGCAACUUGGUGCUGGUGUUCCUUACGCUGAACGCUUCGAUCAAGUGAUUCAGAGAGUGAUUGAUUCUGGUAUUAGAAACAAGUGGUUGGAACCUUACACUGCAGUGAAGGUUUCAUUGGCUCAAGUCGAGAAAUCUUGUCAUGAUGAUGAAAUGGAAUCUGUCAUGACGAUGCGACAAAUACUAGUUGUACUUGCCAGUGGCUUUGGCUCGUCGAUUGUAGCUUUCAUUUUCGAAUUUAUCGUACAUCGUGCCUCCGAAUAUAAAGGAAAGGUAUUCAGAAGAUACUACGAAUAAAUUCGA